AAAAAAUUGAAGAAUUUGCCGAAGAGGAAAGCAUAUAUUUUUCAGACUGUGUUAUUAAAGUUCAUUUACGCAUAUGGAAAAAUAAGCUAAAUGGUAACCAAAUUUAUACUUUUCAAAUAAAUUAGAUCUUAGUGGAACCCCAAUUUUUUUAUGUUGAGAAAUGUAUUAGGAAAGCACAAGUAGAUUGAUUUUUACAUACAUUCUUAGUUCAAUUUGAAGACAAAGUUCUUUUUGAAGUCAACUUAAAGGGCGCAACUUAAUCAAAAAGAUGGGGGACGUGGAUCCAGAGACACUCUUAGAAUGGCUGUCUAUGGGCCAGGGAGAUGAGCGCGAUAUGCAAUUGAUUGCAUUGGAACAGCUCUGUAUGCUUUUGUUGAUGUCAGAUAAUGUGGACCGAUGUUUUGAAAGUUGCCCACCGCGCACUUUCUUACCGGCUUUGUGCAAAAUAUUUUUGGAUGAAUUGGCACCGGAGAAUGUACUGGAAGUAACUGCCCGUGCUAUUACCUAUUAUUUAGACGUGUCGGCCGAGUGUACACGACGCAUCGUUGCUAUUGACGGUGCGAUCAAGGCAAUUUGCAAUCGUCUAGUUGUCGCCGAUUUGUCCUCGCGUACUUCACGCGAUCUGGCAGAACAAUGCAUUAAAGUAUUGGAAUUGAUAUGUACACGCGAAGCAGGCGCUGUUUUUGAAGGUGGUGGUCUUAAUUGCGUUUUGUCAUUUAUACGAGAUUGCGGAUCACAAGUUCACAAGGACACUUUGCAUUCUGCCAUGUCUGUAGUGUCUCGCCUCUGUACAAAAGUUGAGCCAAAUUCUCCUUGCAUUCAAAAUUGUGUAGAAAGUCUAAGCACUUUGCUACAACAUGAAGACCCCAUGGUCGCUGAUGGUGCUCUCAAGUGUUUUGCAUCAGUGGCCGAUCGUUUUACUCGUAAGUGGGUGGAUCCAGCACCGCUUGCUGAGUAUGGUUUAGUAAAUGAGUUGUUGAAACGGUUGAGCAAUGCUGCUGGACCCAACUCUGCCCCAACAGCAGGUGGUACGACGCCAACUGCAGGUGGCCCCUCUACUUCUGGUUUGCAAAACGAAAACUUGACUGCCAACGUGCCCAAUACAAUUCAGAAAAAUCAAUCGGCAGAGCCUAAUCGUUCUUCACAAUCCAUAUCGACGACAAUAUCAUUACUGUCCACAUUAUGUCGUGGCUCACCAUCCAUUACUCACGAUGUCCUGCGUUCUCAAUUGCCGGACGCUAUCGAACGUGCUCUUAAAGGCGAUGAACGCUGCGUGCUAGAUUGUAUGCGGUUGGCAGAUUUAUUAUUACUUUUAUUGUUUGAGGGUCGGCAGGCAUUGAAUCGGGUAGGAAAUGCAGGAGGGCAAGGGCAAUUAGUUUCACGAACUCGUCGCAGUGAUUCAACUGUGGAACGCACUCAUCGGCAGCUAAUCGACUGUAUACGUUCAAAAGAUACAGAAGCCCUUCAAGAGGCUAUAGAAUCUGGCGGUAUUGAUGUAAAUUGUAUGGAUGAUGUUGGUCAAACGCUGCUUAACUGGGCUUCGGCCUUUGGUACGUUGGAAAUGGUCGAGUAUUUGUGCGAGAAGGGUGCCGAUGUUAAUAAGGGUCAACGAAGCUCUUCACUUCAUUAUGCAGCUUGUUUUGGUCGGCCAGGAAUUGCAAAAGUUCUUCUCAAAUACGGCGCUUACCCCGAUUUGCGUGAUGAGGACGGUAAAACGCCCCUGGAUAAAGCUCGCGAACGUUCUGACAAUGGACACCGUGAGGUAGCUUCUAUACUACAAUCGCCGGGCGAAUGGAUGGCUGCCGGUCACGGAUUAGGUAACAAGGAUGGCAGUGACGAAAAUUCGAGCAAAGAACCACGUGGGGACCCCGAAAUGGCUCCUAUCUACUUAAAAUUAUGUUUACCAAUGUUCUGCCGCACUUUUCAAGGCACCAUGUUAAGCAGUGUACGAAGAGCCAGUUUGGGAUUAAUCAAGAAGAUGGUUCAAUAUGCUCAACCAACAGUCCUAAGAGGUCUUUGUGAACCGCAACACUUGGAAAGCAGCGCUUCGACUUUCCCUACUGGGAAUACUGCAAACAAUUUGGGAACAUUGCUGGUUGAAGUUGUAGCUAGCGUGCUUGAUAAUGAGAUCAGCUAUAGUUGGCCACCUUUCAGAGCGAAUGAUAACGGCUUGUUGAUGUCCUUCUGCGCAAAACCAGCACGAGCGGAUCCUCGUUUCAUUCUGCCAAUGGAAUCAAAAUCGUAUAAUGGGGACGACGAUGAUGGUCACUUAGUUGUACUUACUGUAAUCGAAGAGCUUAUGAGUAAAACUCAAGAUGAAUUUCUCGAUCAUUUCGCUAGAUUAGGAGUGUUCUCCAAAGUGCAUGCUUUAAUAGAACCCGAAAUUGAGAGCGAUGCAAUUCCGGCCACUAAUAAUACAAUAACAGCGACGCCUGAUGAACAGAAUGUGGUGGCUACUAAUGUACAACAACAACAACAACAACAGCAGCAGCAGCAGCAGCAACAAUCACAGCCAGGGGAAGAUGCUAUAGAAGAUGCUAAAGAAAUACUUCAAGGAAAAGCCUAUCAUUGGCAUGAGUGGAGUGUCUGCCGUGGUCGUGAUUGUUUAUAUGUUUGGUCAGAUUUUGCCGCCUUGGAAUUAUCGAAUGGAUCUAAUGGAUGGUUUCGUUUCAUACUCGACGGUAAAUUGGCCACCAUGUACUCAAGUGGCAGCCCAGAGAAUGGCAAUGACAGUUCUGGGAGGGGACGUGGCAUGGAUUCGUCAAAUAGUGAAGAAAACCGCGGUGAAUUUCUGGAGAAAUUGCUUCGCGCACGUUCCGCCGUCCGAACUGGCAUGCCUUCUCAGCCGAUCUUGCCCUCUGUUAGUGUUUUGCGCCUAGUGGUAGGAAAUUGGGUAUUACAGUCACAGAAACCCAAUCAAUUGCAAGUGCACAAUACUGAAGGACACCAGGUAACCAUUUUGCAGGACGAUUUGCCUGGUUUCAUAUUCGAAAGCAAUCGAGGCACGAAACAUACUUUCACGGCGGAGACUACAUUAGGUCCCGAUUUUGCUACUGGUUGGUCAACGAAUAAGAAAAAGAAAAUUAAAACCAAAACAGAAGUUCAAAAAACGCAAGUUAAAAACAUGGCCCGAGACAUCUAUAAUAAGUAUUUCAAGGCUGCCCAAGCGAUACCUCGGGGUGCCGUAGCCAAAUUGACAAACAUUGUAAAGAGAAUUGAAAUAGCUUUGGAGGAGCAACGGAUGCCCGGUCAAACCAAGUGGCAGCAUAAACUAUGUGAGGCUUUGAAUGAUUUAUCACAAUUAUUGCAGGAAGAUGGUGUUGUAAGCGCUUACGAGAUGCAUUCAUCGGGAUUGGUGCAGGCUUUAGUUGCGGUACUCUCAAAGAAUUACUGGGAUAACGGCUUGUCGCGCAGCAAAAUGAAUAAAAUGCAAAAGCAACGAGUUGCCAUUUUCAAGCAAUGCAUUCUCAAUAACGAGGAUUCAACAAAAGGCAAUAAUACAGCCUCCAUAUUAGUCCAAAAAUUAGUAGCAGUUCUUGAAAGUACUGAAAAGUUGCCCGUGUAUUUAUAUGAUGCACCGGGAUCGGGUUAUGGUCUGCAGAUACUCACUAAACGCUUACGUUUUCGUUUAGAGCGAGCAGCUUGUGAGACAACUCUUUUUGAUCGCACUGGCCGAAAUUUGAAAAUGGAGCCGCUAGCAACUGUGGGUCAAUUGGCCAAAUAUUUGUUAAAAAUGGUAGCUAAGCAGUGGUACGAUAUGGAUCGAGGGACUUUCUUAUAUUUGAAGAAAUUAAAGGAACACAAACAGGGUAUGGUCUUCAAGCACCAUUACGAUUUCGAUGAGGAAGGUCUCAUCUAUUACAUCGGUUCAAAUGGGAAGACAUGCGAAUGGGUCAACCCAGCUCAAUACGGGUUAGUGCAAGUAACAAGUUCUGAAGGGAAAACAUUACCUUACGGUAAAUUGGAAGAUAUCCUAUCGAGAGAUAGUAUUUCUGUCAAUUGUCACACGAAGGAUAAUAAAAAAGCUUGGUUUGCUAUAGAUCUUGGCGUUUAUAUAAUUCCCAAUGCUUACACUCUCCGACACGCUCGCGGUUAUGGUCGUUCCGCGUUGCGUAAUUGGAUGUUACAAGGGUCCAAAGAUGGCGUGAAUUGGAUCACCCUGGUCACUCAUACGGACGACAAAAGUCUUGUUGAACCAGGCAGCACUUCAACUUGGCCUAUAGUGUGCGCACCGGAUGAGAAUCAAGGUUUUCGUCACGUUCGCGUACAACAAAAUGGUCGGAAUGCUUCUGGUCAGACACAUUAUCUCAGUUUAAGCGGUUUUGAGAUAUAUGGACGAGUAGUAAGUGUAUGCGAAGACAUCGGCAAGGGAGCUAAAGAAGCCGAAGCUAAAAUGCGGCGUGAACGUCGUCAAAUUAGAGCUCAACUAAAACAUAUUACAACUGGAGCUCGUGUAGUGAGAGGUGUAGAUUGGCGCUGGGACGACCAAGAUGGAUGCUGUGAAGGCACCGUCACUGGUGAAAUACAUAAUGGUUGGAUUGACGUUAAAUGGGAUCAUGGCGUUAGAAAUUCGUAUCGCAUGGGCGCUGAGGGCAAAUAUGAUCUAAAGCUAGCGAAUAGUGAAAAUCUAUCCAUGUUUGAAGGUGGUACAUCGGUAGCGCCAUCAACUGUAAAUACAGGGAAAAAAUUUGACAAAGGAAUCUCACUGAACUCACGAAAAUCCAGCUCUACUCCUUCUCUACCGGAAGCCACAGAAAUUAAUAGAAAUUCUGAGGGUCCACCGGACCAAGCAGCAUCUGCCGACAAUUUAGCUUGGAAGCAAACUGUUGAAGUUAUCACUGAAGACGUUUUCUCUUCAGCAAAAUCGCAGAUGCUGGCUGCGGGUUCAGGUGCCGGAAGUGGUGGAGAUGAAAAUCAGUUGGUGCCGUGCAAAGGUACGGCCUCUGGACCGAAUGUGGGCAUAUCGACAGCUCCUACUUCAACACUACUGCGAGAGCGCGAUAAUAUAACCGACUUAUCAACUAUAAACAAUUCUAUGCAAGCUAUUAAUGCGAAUGUAGCAUCCGAUCUCGCGACAAUAACAGAGAAUUUGGCAUUGAACGAUAAUCAGCCCGGCGAGUUGGGAAACAAUACGAAUACUGGCAAUAAAAAUAAUUUGGCUUCUAUAUUUGCUUCAAGCUCCUCCUCGGGAACAUCAUGUGAAGUCAAUAAUAAGAUGAAUGCAAAUAAUUCGGCGGGGCCUGGUUUAAGUAAGAAUCUAUUGGUAAAUCUUCGAUCAAGUAGCUCAGCCAGUCAACGCGUAUCGCAAUUUUCAUCCGAAGCUCUUGAAAUGAUUGAUAAAAUGCGCGAAGGCGUUGACAUGUUACGAAAUAACACGAAUAAUAUAUUAUCAUCUGACAUUUUGUCGUUACCUGCAGCCAAUUUGUUGUCACAAACCGGGAUAAAGUCAGCAGCAAGAGUGGAUGCAGGCGAGAUUACAUCUAAUGUUGAAUGCUCUCCGAAUGUGCACAUCAAUACAAAUAUGACAAAUAAUGUCGACACAGUUUUGCAAAGCGAAUCUUGCGGCGACGAUCCUAAAUUACUUGCUGUAUCUUAUGGCGAUCAGUCUAGCAGCGUUAAUGUAUCGAUUAAUGGUCAGCAAUCAUCACAAAAUGUUCAAAACGCAGACGUAAAUGAAGCAGUAGUUUCCGUUUCGGUAUCGAAUCAAAUGAGUGUCAGUGUACCAAACUUAACUACCACAUCGGUGUCAGAAGCUCAAUCCCAGUCAGAAACUUCGGCACAUACUGGACUUUUAGAAACGUUCGCGGCUAUGGCUAGACGACGAACUUCACAAGGCACAAACUUGCAAAAUAAUCAAAUGAUAAAUUCAUCAAAUUCUAACUCGAACGAGCGCAAUAAUCAAAAUUCAAGUGGAGCUAACUCGUUCUUUCCGCGAGGACCUAAUUCUGUUACAAGCUUAGUUAAGCUAGCCCUUUCAUCAAAUUUUCAUUCGGGUUUAUUAAGUACGGCUCAAAGUUAUCCCAGUUUAUCGUCAAACAAUGCAGCUAAUACCGCAAACACAAACAUAAGUUCUGGCACUGGUAAUGCAUCGAAUGGUCAACAGACGCAAGCGUCCAUAAAUCCGGCACUAACAAUGAGUCUCACUUCGACUUCAAGUGAUAGUGAACAGGUGUCAUUGGAAGAUUUUUUGGAAAGUUGCCGAGCACCCGCUUUGCUAGGAGAUAUGGAUGAUGAUGACGAAAUGGAAGAAGAUAAUGACGACGAAGAGAACGAAGACGAGUAUGAGGAAGUCGGUAAUACGUUGUUGCAAGUAAUGGUGUCGAGAAACUUGUUAACAUUUAUGGAUGAUGAAACCUUGGAAAAUCGUUUAGCUGGCGUCGCGAAACGUAAAUCUUGGGAUGAUGAGUUCGUAUUGAAGAGGCAGUUUUCAGCUUUAAUACCAGCCUUCGAUCCUAGACCAGGUCGAACCAAUGUAAACCAGACCUCCGAUUUGGAGAUACCCGCACCAGGGACUAGCUCCGAUUCGGUAAAAUCAAAUGAACAAGAGCCCAUGCAACAACCCGUUUUAGCUUUAUCCUUGCGAGGGCCGAGUAUAGGAGGAGUUGCCGACGUCCAAAUAGAAUUAGUUAACAACGAUUGGACUAUCUUUAGAGCAGUGCAGGAAUUGUUACAAGCUUCACAGCUUAGUAAAGCAGACAAGUUUCGUAAAACUUGGGAACCCACCUACACUAUUGUUUACAGAGAAAUUCAACCCAACAUCAUGCACGAAGGAAUAGAAACUGAUGAGGGACCAAACACGCCGGUUGUUUCCUCAAAGAGCGGCGCUUCGACUUUGUCACCAAAUUCGCCAAUUCGUGGUGAUUUUAUUACGUCUGAGAAUGUCAACUGUUCCGUAGAAGAUGUCCUACAGUUGCUGAAUCAGGUGAACACGCUUAAUCAGGCUGCCUAUGAUGCAGUUGAUAUUAAUGACAGCACUAGUAAUUAUCUUCCGUCAGAACUCUUUAUGAGCAAAAAAAUUACAAAUAAAUUGCAGCAACAAAUUCAAGAUCCUCUAGUAUUGUCGAGUAAUUCUUUACCUACCUGGUGUGAGGAUCUCAAUCAAUCUUGUCCCUUCUUGUUCCCUUUUGAAACGCGACAACUAUAUUUCAAUUGCACAGCGUUUGGGGCCUCUCGUAGUAUUGUUUGUCUUCAGUCGCAGCGAGACGUAACUUUGGAGCGUCAACGGAUGCCGGGUUUGAGCCCACGCCGCGAUGAUCAGCAUGAAUUCAGAGUAGGUCGUCUUAAGCAUGAACGCGUUAAAGUUCCACGCAAUGAAAACUUAUUAGAAUGGGCAAUGCAGGUGAUGAAGGUGCAUUGUAAUCGCAAGUCUGUUCUCGAAGUGGAAUUUUUAGGUGAAGAGGGUACCGGCUUGGGACCGACCUUAGAAUUUUACGCACUAGUAGCAGCGGAACUUCAACGUUCCGAUUUAUGUAUGUGGUUGUGUGAUGAUGAACACAUGCAAAAUGAACUUUACGAAAAUGAGGAACAUACAUUAAAUAAGGACGAUGCGAAACCAAUCGGUUAUUAUGUGAAUCGUCGCGAAAGUGGACUUUUCCCAGCGCCACUGCCACAGGACUCGGAAGUUUCCGAUCGGGCUUCUAAGUAUUUUUGGUUUUUAGGCGUUUUCAUCGCAAAAGUUUUACAAGAUAUGCGUCUGGUGGACUUGCCGCUUUCGGACUCUUUCCUGCAAUUGUUAUGCCACAAUAAAAUGCUUUCCUCAUCGAUCGGUCAAUUGCGAGCAAAAACAGUCGGUUCGGAUGAUCUGAUGGCUUCGUCGAUAAUAUCGGAAGAUUCAGAAUUAGCCGAUUCUUGCUCAAAGUUAUUAGGACGCCCUGACAUUAAGUGGUACGAUGGUAUAUUGUCAUAUGAAAACUUAGCCGAAAUUGAUCCUAUACGUUAUGAGUUCAUUAAGGAAUUGCAAGACUUGUUGAGCCGCAAACAAGCUCUUGAAACUGAUAUGAAUAUUUCGAAUGAGAAACGGCAGGUUGCGAUUGAUGAUCUUAAACUUCAAAUUAAGAACGGAGCCGAAGUUAAACUUGAAGAUCUAGCCCUAACAUUUAUCUAUUUGCCGAGUUCAUCCAUUUAUGGAUACGAAUAUGCUGAAUUAAUACCGAACGGCGUAAACAUUGACGUUACUAUUGACAAUCUUGAAGAAUAUUGUGAGGCGUUAAUUAACUUCUCUCUGCAAGAUGGCCUUGCAAAGCAAUUGGAUGCAUUUCAUCGGGGCUUUUGUGAAGUGUUCCCACUAAAAAAGUUAGCUGCGUUUAGCCCGACUGAAGCUCGUAUGAUGAUUUGUGGUGAGCAGCAUCCACAAUGGACUCGAGAAGAUCUCAUUAAUUAUACUGAACCUAAGUUAGGUUAUUCCAAGGAUAGUCCUGGUUUCUUGCGUUUCGUUAACGUACUGAUGAGCAUGACGGGUCCUGAACGAAAAGCAUUCCUACAAUUUACAACUGGUUGUAGUAGUCUGCCUCCGGGCGGUUUGGCAAAUCUACAUCCCCGUUUAACAGUUGUGCGUAAAGUAGAUGCCGGUGAUGGCAGUUACCCAUCGGUCAACACAUGCGUCCAUUAUCUGAAAUUGCCAGAUUAUCAAACGGAAGAUAUUAUGAAAGAACGUCUGUUGACUGCAACUAAAGAAAAGGGAUUCCAUUUGAAUUAAAUUGAAUUUAGAUUUCGAUUCAGUUAAUUUCCUCAUCCUCUAUUUUCCUUUCUUUUUUUUUUUUUUUUUUUUUUUUUUACUCUCACCUUAAGCUGCAACAGAUCAAAAAGAGGACACUAAUAUUCAUUCUCACCCAAUCUUUAAAUCAUAUAGAGUGUAUGGGAUAAAGGAAGUGCGAAAAAAUUUACUUAGGGAACUUUCAUUAGGCAAGAAAUUUGAAAAUUUUACGCCCUCAAAUCAAAGCAUCGCAAAAGAAAGCGUUUAACUAUUUUAGUUUGAAUUUCUAUUUUACACUUUCUUAUCUAUUCAUUUCACUUUAUACUAUUGUCUUUAUAUAUGUAUGUGUGUUUAUGUAUGCGAGAAUAUGUGCAUGUGUGAAUUGACACAUUUUUCGCUAUUCUACUUCUACUCUGCAUUUUGAAUUUUUUUUAUUAUUGAUUUCGGGUUUUCUCUUUUUUUUUUUUUUUUUU